AUGGCAACUAAACAGGAUCUCCAGAUCCUCACCUCCACGCUACAUGACACCAUUAAGACCGAAAUGGCCUUGAUCCGCACUGAGGUGACCGUGCAAGGGAUGCAGAUACAGGCCCUGGAGCACACUACUCAAGGCCUCAUGACCCGGAUUGCCGCUACUUAUCAGGCACUGGCAAGGCAAGGCACCAUGCUGUUGGAGAUGCGCAGCCAGAUGGAAGAUCUGGAUAAUUGCAGUCGACAGUGCAACUUGCGGGUGAGAGGCAUCCCUGAACCCAACGACCUCGAAAAUGUUGAACGCAUACUCACCUCCCUGUUUCAAGCCAUCAGUGGGGAGGCUGCACCGACAGCAUGUGCCUUACGUCCGCGGUCAGACAACUCUGUUCCCAGGGACAUAAUCUGCUGUUUGAGUUCCUUCAAGCAGGAGGAGACAAUCAUGCUUAAAGCCCGCAGCAGAAACUCAUGGGAAUUUCAGGGCGCUUAG